UUGAAGUUUAGAAAGUGCUCCGCACAUUCCCAAGGAUUACGGUAUCACGAUCAAUGGCGUUCGCAUACUAUAAGUCAAAAACCCUGCACCGAUGCGGACGGCAUCGGCGGCGUUUGCAUGUUUCGGUGGGACUGCAUAAACAUGAAAGGCCUGAUGCUCUCCACCUGUUUGGACGGUUUCUUAUUCGGUGCCUGUUGCUUCCUCGGCGCUAACCACAGCCUUUCCGAAAUGGAUUCCGGCUCGUCGCCCUCGUCACCCGUCUCCGUUACUCGGGCCCGAGAAAAUACCACCACCACUCUUGCGCUACUUUCCUCGUCCACCCUCGACCACGGCUCUUCGUCUUCCACAGAACUCUUUGAAGCCGGUGACGGAAGCGCCACCGCAGAAAAUUCUCACGUGGCAUUUAGCAGUUUGUAUCCUUCUUUCUAUUCUUCGGCGCCGUCGUCUCCCUUAAUUGGUUCGUUGGCGGAUCUCCCGACCACUCCGUUGUCGCCGUUACCUUCUAACUCGUUCCUACUUGAGAGUGGCGAAGAAUACUUAUUAUCUUCCCAUCGCCUUUCCCCUUUUUACAACGAUUCUUCGUAUCGUUUGGAAGAGGUCCACGCGCUCAGUAAUUCGGAAUUAAGUAAUUCUUACGAAAUAAGUUGGUCGAUUCCAAGCACGAAAGACUGCGUUUUAACUUCUAGUCGCCUUUUGAAACCGUUAUCGGCAAUAUUUCUUUCCCAAGAGGCGGAACGGUCGUCGUUUAAUCCGGGAGAGAAAUCGUCCGAUGUAAUAACUAUCUCGAAAACAACGGAGAUAAAAUCUUCGGUAAUUCCUGUGGAAGAAUAUUAUAGUUUGUCGUCUGAUAAAGUCACGUUAUUAACUUAUACACCGGUUACGGACCGGACGACGACCGGCGUAACUUCCAGUACCGCCGACCGCCUGGUUUCCGGCGGUAGCGCACUAAUAAGCGAUAUUCUUGAAAAUAAAGAAAUCGUUUCGUCGUCUACGUCAUUAAUUCCUUCUUUUUACUUAAGCACGCACGUAUACAAUGUAUCGACUUUGUCCACUAUUGGAAAAUCUCAGGACGCUUCGUUGACAAAUCACACUUUAAAUAACACCGAUAAUUUGGAAACAGAUUUUUCAGAAUGCGGCGUCAAGCAUCUUCGUCCGUUUGGAAGGAUCGUAGGAGGAAAGAAUACGUUUUUUGGGAACUGGCCGUGGCAGGUUUUAGUUAAAGAAGAAGCUUGGUUAGGUAUACACGUAAAAAAUAAAUGUGGCGGAGUGUUAAUUAAUUCCCUGUACGUUCUAACGGCGGCUCACUGUCAACCGGGCUUCUUAGGAUCGUUGAUGGUACUUCUGGGAGAACACGACUUGACCGGCGAUUACGAACUGCUAAAACCGGUGAAGAAGAAAGUGAAGAGGAUGAUCGUCCACCGCCAAUAUAAUUCGCAAACCUUAGAAAACGACUUGGCUCUGUUAGAAUUAGAAUCGCCAGUCCGGUUUCAAUCGCAUAUUAUACCCAUUUGCCUACCCGACCGGUGGGAAGAUUUUACGGGUCAAAUUGCCUACGUCACGGGUUGGGGUAAAUUAUCGCACGGCGGUACUCUGCCGACGGUACUGCAAGAAGUUCGAGUGCCCAUCAUAAGUAAUAGCAGAUGUCAACAGAUGUUUUUGGCUGCGGGCCACGUCAAGGCCAUCCGAGACACUUUCGUUUGCGCGGGCUACGACAGCGGAGGACAAGAUUCUUGCGAAGGUGAUUCGGGAGGACCGUUAAUGGUUCGACGAGAAGACGACAGAUGGGUAUUAGUAGGUACGGUUUCGCACGGGAUUAGGUGUGCCGAUCCUAAUCUUCCCGGAGUAUACAUGAGAACGGCAGCGUACAGAGCGUGGAUCGAUAACAUCAUUAGAUCCAUUUCGUCGUUUCCCAGAGGAUUAGUGAAUUUCUCGCUGCUGAAACCGGUUCGGGCCGCAUUGUUUUCCGACUGUACUACGGGAAGCCAGUGCCAACUCACCCUGACCUGUUGGCUGUCCGGCGGCGUGGUCACCACACCCUGCGGACCCUUCUUCACCUGCUGUUCGUCGGCGGCCGAGCAGAAAAUACAACCCGCAUAUUACGGACCCGUCAGAAACGAUCCGUAUUGCGGCCGGAACUCGGAGAACACCAGAAGGAUCGUCGGAGGUAGCGACGCCGCCUUCGGACAGUUCCCUUGGCAGGUAUUCAUCCAAAUCGGAGGAAGUAGAUGCGGAGGAGCGCUGGUUGCCUGGAGGCACGUCGUCACCGCCGGCCACUGCGUGGCUAAAUCGCAGUUCAAUCCGAGUAACAUUCGAGUGACGGUGGGGGAUUACAUUCUCAAUUCGGACAUGGAGAGCAUUCCCAGCGAAUCCUUUGGGGUAGAGCGGGUGAAGUUGCAUCCGAAUUUCAGAUUUACGCCGCAGGCCGAUCGAUACGACGUCUCCGUCCUGAUACUAGACCGACCCGUAUCCUACAAAUAUAACAUGAAGCCGAUUUGUCUACCCGAGAAGAAUGCCGAUUUUUUAGGAAGAAUAGGGUACGCCGCCGGCUGGGGCGCUUUAGAAGCAGGUUCGAAACUACGCCCUAAAGUUCUACAAUACGUUCCGGUUCCCGUGAUCAACAAUCAAAUAUGCGAAACGUGGCACAGAAGACGUGGAAUCAAUAUACGAAUAUACGACGAAAUGUUAUGCGCCGGAUACGAAUUCGGAGGUCGAGACUCGUGCCAGGGCGAUUCCGGCGGACCCUUGAUGAUAAAUAGUUACGGAGUUUGGUACCUGAUUGGUAUAGUUUCGGCAGGAUAUUCGUGCGCCAAGCAGUAUCAACCGGGGAUAUAUCACCGAGUCAGUAGUUCUUCCGACUGGAUAUCUUCCAAUCUCUAUUAA